AACCGCGCUACGACGCCUCCCUUCUUCUCUUAGGGCAAAAUACGCCUCACCUCCUUCUUGGUCUCCCUCGGCAAAGCUCACACUUCCCUGAAUAGUAUGAAAACCCGUUUUCCUCGUUUCUUCGCAGUUAAUUCUGUUUCUGCGAAAAGUCAAUAAUCUCAACCGCUGUUAUCAUAUCUACUGUAAAGUCGCUCGAUUUUCCUUUUUUUUGUUUGUUGCCGUUUGUUUAUGGAGGGUCACUAUCCUGGCAUGUUUGAUAAUGAAGAAGCAGGUGCUUGGCGCAACAUAAUUCUUGGGUAUUUGGAUCGGAGUAACAUUAACCUUCAGAGUCAUCUGUCCCUCACCCGACUACCCGCCCUCUAAGAUGUCCCAGUCCACUGUCUCUGAAGAAGGAGGCACCUUCGAGCACCUGUGGAGCUCCCUGGAGCCAGACAGCACCUACUAUGAGCUCCCCCCAGGCAGCCAGGGGGCCGAGCGCCCGGUGCCUUCCGCCGGCACCCUGGGGAUCCACCGCAGUGCUGCAGAGGCCUCUAUGGACGUUUACCAAAUGAGGGACAUGAACGCCAACGUGAUGUCCCAAUACAACUUGCUGAGCAGCAGCAUGGAGAGCCUGGGGAGCCGCGCGACGUCUGCCAGCCCCUACAGCUCUGAGAACGCCUCCUCGUCGGCCGUGCCCACCCCCUCACCCUACUCCCAACCCAACUCAACCUUUGAGGGCCUGUCACCUGCCCCGGCCAUCCCCUCCAACACCGACUACCCCGGGCUGCACACCUUCCAGGUGUCCUUCCAGCAGUCGAGCACCGCCAAGUCUGCCACAUGGACCUACUCUCCCUUGCUGAAGAAGCUCUACUGUCAGAUCGCCAAGACCUGUCCAAUCCAAAUCAAGCUGUCCUCCUCUCCUCCUCAUGGCAGCAUCAUCAGAGCCAUGCCCGUCUACAAGAAGGCGGAGCACGUCACAGAAGUGGUCAAACGUUGCCCCAACCACGAACUAGGGCGGGACUUUAACGAUGGUCAAGCAGCACCAGCCAGUCACCUGGUCCGAGUAGAAGGGAAUAACCUGUCUCAGUACGUGGACGAUCCUGUCACUGGCCGGCAGAGUGUCUUCUUGCCGUAUGAGGCUCCACAGGUGGGGACUGAGUUUACUACCAUCCUUUAUAACUUCAUGUGCAACAGCAGCUGUGUGGGCGGCAUGAACAGAAGACCCAUCCUCAUCAUCAUCACGUUGGAGACCAGAGAGGGUCAAGUGUUGGGCAGGAGGUCGUUUGAAGGUCGGAUAUGUGCGUGUCCUGGCCGAGACCGCAAAGCAGACGAGGAUCACUUCAGGGAACAACAGGCCCUGCAUGAGAGUGUGGCCAAAAAUGGCACCGCCAACAAGCGCAAUUUCAAACAGAGCCCUCCGAAUAUUCCCAGUCCCAAUAUUAACAUGAGGAAGAGGCGGCAUGGAGAAGAAGAGAUUUACUAUAUUCCCGUCCGUGGUCGGGAGAACUUUGAGCUGCUGAUGAAGAUUAAAGACAGUUUGGAGCUGGUGGAGCUGGUGCCGCAGCCACUGGUGGACUCCUACAGACAACAAACGCAGCAGCAACUUCUGCAGCGGCCGAGCCAUAUAGCAUCCCCCUCUCCUUACUCUCCACUGUCCAACAUGAACAAGCAAAAUGUCCACGGAGGCCUCAACAAAUCCCCCUCGGUCAACCAGCUGGUUGGGCAGCAGUCCCAGCAGCACCCCACUGGCCCCGCCUCCAUCGUGCAUAUGGGUUCAAACAUGCUCAACAGCCACCACAUGCAGGGAAAUGGUGAUAUGAACGGUGGACACAGCAGUCAGACUAUAGUGUCUGCUUCCCACUGCAGCCCGCCCCCUCCGUAUAACCCUGACCCCAGCCUUGUCAGUUUUCUAACCAGUCUGGGCUGUCAGAACUUCAUUGAGUACUUCACCUCCCAAGGCCUGCAGUCCAUCUACCAUCUCCAGACUCUCUCCAUGGAGGAUUUAAGUGCCCUGAAGAUACCGGAGCAGUUUCGCCUUGCCAUCUGGCGAGGUCUGCAGGACAUGAAACAAGUUGCUCCCCUCCAACUGCCUGCCUCCACUCAUCACCAUGACUACCACGGCCAGCAGCUUCUUCGCUCCAGCAGCAACAUGACGGCAUCUGCCAUGGCGGCCAUUGGGGCUGCCAGCGGGGAACUCCAACGGCAGCGCGUCAUGGAGGCUGUGCACUUUCGCGUUCGCCACACCAUCACGAUCCCCAACCGGCCGGGUGUCGUAGGGACAUCAGGGAUGGCAGCAACCAAUGAUGAAUGGGCUGACUUUGGUUUUGACAUGCCCGACUGCAAGCUGUCGCGCAGUAGUAGGCACUCCAUCAAGGAGGAGUUCAUGGAAAGUGAUGUUCAUUGAGCCCGGAGAGCAUCUUUGGAUCCAAUCUUGUUGCCAGCAUUAGCCUAUUUACAAAGUAAAUACAUGUGGAUCGGGCCUUUGGUUGUGCUUUCUUGGUGUUGCUGGCAUAUUCCCGUCAGUGAUAUGACACAGAACCAAGUUCUACUUUGAUUGCUAGAAAUUUCACUGAGUUUAAUGCACUUCCCUGUCAUUGAAAAAGUUGUAAGACCCACACGUUUGAUAAUCUCAGGUCUAAAUAGUAAAUGCCAUUGUGGCAAUAGCAUGAUGAUGUCAAUGCUAAACACAUAUGGUCUCUGGAAUAUACUUUUUUGGACCCAGAUAUGUGCGUGGUUAAUAAAAAAAAUGUCUUUCUGGAAAAUGGAAUGUUGAUUAGCUGCUCACCUUAUGUUUUUUUACUAGCGUCUACUACGCGUGUACCAAUUUCACUAACGCACAAAUGUCACAGCAAAAGAAUCACCCAUUCACAAUUUGCCAGUUCGAAUUUUGUGUUUGAAUGCACAAAGUUAAUUGUCAGAUGACUUAUUUAUUGUUACUUACUUAUUAUUGUUGUUCCGUUUUCCUUCAUUGUACAAAUGUAUAUAUCGUAUCUUGUAAAUGUUUUAGACUGCAUGUGGUUGAAAAAGGGUAUUUGGAUUCAAAAUAGUGUAUCUCCUCUUAGGAACCAAUGUAAAGAACUAAUUGGUAAAUCUUGUAAAACUUGUAAAACCCAGCUGUGGAAAUACAUGGUCAUGCAUAUUUGUAAUGGCUAUGAUAAUUUAGGGAUAUUUAGUUAAGUAUGCCUAAUUCAUUUAUUCGUUUAAUGGGCUUUGGUAUUAAUUGUGUGCAUUCAUGAAAUCAAAUGGAAAUCACAGUCAACAGGUAAUCAAAAGUCAAACAUUUCAUCCAUUCCUUUUUUAUAAGGUCAUGGAGAAUACUGUUGUACUUAUACAGAAAUACAUGGCAAAACACAUGAGACAAACUAUCACAACAGUAUUAUAACUUAACAGCAGGGAUUUAAUCGGAAUGUUGGAUAAUAAAUUAAGAAUUGCAUCCCUGUUUAGACACUAAAAAACUGUAGCAUUUGUGUCGUUCUUUGUGUAUUUUGAAAAACCUUGCAGGGCAAGGCCCCCAUGUAUUGAUUAUAGCUAGAUGUUAACCUAGUAUGUAUCUUCAUGGCAGAUGUUUGUGGAUAUUUAAUAGCAACAUUCCAGUUUCAUUUCUAGAUUGCCAUAAAGCAUGAUUAACCAUGGUGUCAUGGCUCUAAUGGUGUCAAAUACAGUAUGUUGGAAGUAACUACUUGACUUUGUACCAUGAUAAUAACUUUUAUGGCUGACCUGACAUCCAUUUUCUUUACAAAUGCUUUCUGACGUACAAAGAGACACAUCACUUUGCCCACUUACCACCAACUGGUCAAAAAGAAGCACUUUAAUGCUUUGAAAGUGAAAUAAUUGAGGAUUAUUUGUGCUUGUGAUCAGUAUUAUGAAUUAUUAUGCAUGUAAAAAGAAAUAGUGCUUGUUUUGAUAUUCCUGGAGUUUUUGUCAGGAAAAACUGACAAAAACUCAGUUUUGUAUCGAUCAUUGAGAUAUGUAUCUAUGUAACUAUUGCUGUUCAUUAAUGUUGAGUAGUUUCUGAUGUUAUUAAGUUUGGUGUUUUCUUUUCUUAAACUAAUGGCUAUUAAAAUAUUUGCUUCCCUUUAA